AUGAAUAUCAAAAUAAUAUAUAAUACCAAAACCCAUAAAAUUUCUUAAAAAUAUCAAACUCUAGAAGAAAUAAGAAAUGCAAUCCAAAUCUUAUACCCUUAACAAUUAUAAAAUGAAUUCGACCUCUAUAUUUCAUUGCAUUAUCGUAUAACUUUUUUAAAUUUUUAUAGAAAUAGAACCUUUAAAAAUUAUAGACGAAGCUUGUCUUCUCAAAAUCAAAGAUCUUUAUCAUCAACUGAAAUGGUCAUCAAUCAAAAUUUUAGUUAAAGACUCAAUUAAUCCUAAUCUAACAAAUGAGGAUCUUUCAAUAUUAAAUUAAAGUGUAGUUUCCCAAUCUUCUGUUUAAUUAUCUACAUUUAUUGAAAAUUUUCAAUAAUAUCAAGAACCAAAACCAGAAAUAUAAUAGAAAUAGAAAAUUAUAAUCAAAGAGAUUAAAUAGGAGCAAGAUGUAACAUAAGAGUAAUUUUUAUUUCUUAUUGAAAUUAGGAUUAUAAAUCAAGUCUAAAAAUAAGAAGAAUUUUUAAAAAUAGAUUACAAUUCAGAAGAAUUUAAACAAUUUAUAAUCUAACAAAUAGAUGAAAGAUUGAAAUAUCACGGCAUAUUACAAGCUCAAUUAUUAAAGCCCAAAUUACCAGAAUAUAGAAUGUAAUUGAUCACUAAAGACUUUAAAUUAUCAAAAUUUAUCAAUGAAAUAGAAUAGUUUUAAGUUUAAAUAACUAAUACUGGUGAUAUUAUCUGGAGAAAAAACAAUGUAUUUUUAUGUGGGGUUGAUGGAUAUUAUAAAAAUGAAUAAUUUGAAGUAAAUAAUUAUUUUUAUUAAUAAGUUAUUAUAAGAUGUUAAUCCAGGAGAAAUAGCAUAUUUUAUAUGUAAAUUUUAAAUGCCAAAUUAUGAAGCAGAAAAUUUGAAAAGUGAAUUUUAAGUAAUAAUUCAUAAAUUAUUUGAUUAGAUGGUUUAUUAUGAAUAAGGUAAACAAAAAAGCUUUGGUGAAAAACUAUUACUUGUAUUCACAGUUAAAAAAAAGAAUAAUUAAAAACCAAAUUUGAAAAAAAUCAAUGAGUAAAAGAUUAAAUAAUUAAUGGAAAAUGCAGCUAUUACAAAAAUAGAGGCUAUUUAAUUUAUAGAAAUGUAUGGAGAAGAGAAUCCAAUUGAUGAAAUAAUAUUAGCUUAUUUUGACUAAUUGAAAUGA